CAAGAAAUUGAAAAAUUAGCCAAAAAUGACGAGGAAGAAAGUAACCCUGGCUUACAUCACCAAUGACUCAGAAAGGAAGGCGUCGUUCAAGAAAAGGAAGAAGGGGCUGAUCAAGAAGGUGAGUGAGCUGAGCACCCUUUGCGGGGUGGACGCUUGCGCCAUCAUCUACAGCCAGUACGAUCAGGAGCCGGAGGUGUGGCCAUCGCCUCUUGGGGCGCAGGCGGUGCUGGCCCGCUUCAGGAAGCUGUCGGAGAUGGACCAGACCCGGAAAAUGGUGAACCAGGAGAGCUUCACCAGGCAGCGGAUCAAGAAGGCGGAGGACCAGCUCCGCCGCGUCCAGAAGGAGAACAAGCGCAAGGAACUCGAGAAUUUCAUGUUCCAGUGCCUUGCCGGGAUGGCGACCCUGGAGGAUUUCAACCUCCGCGAUGCGGCGGAGAUGGGCUGGGUCGUUAAUCAGACGCUCAGAGAAAUCAAUACCAGGAUGGAAACGCUUCAGAAGACUGGCCAGCAUCAACAGCCUGCAGUUGGGGAGGCUUCUGGUUCUGCUCCCGCUGGUGCUGCGGUUGCGGUUACGGUUGCGGUUGCUCCCCCUCCACCACCAGUGCAAAUGGUGGCUCCUCCGCCUCCUCCACCAUUGCAAAUGGUGGCUCCUCUUCCUCCUCCUCCACCACCACCAACGAUGAAUGUGGAUCCUCCCCUGCCGGGGGAAGAGAACAUGGAGAGCUUUCCAUGGAACCUGGUGGAGAGCCCGACGGGCGCUGGCGGCGCUGCACUGUAUGGGAGUGGGCUAGCAGGGUGGGAUGAUGGGGUCGUGCUGCCAUAUCCAUACAUUUUCAAUCAUGGAAACAACUCCAGCUCUGGAACUCAACCUGGACAGCAAAUUAAUUAAUUUUCAAUCAGUCUUAUCUAUAUAUAUUUCAGGUCCCAAUUAAUUAUUCCAACCUCUUUGCAACUUUAGAACCACAUUUUUUGUCACUUUAA